CCUGGUGGAACCGUGUUUUAAAAGAAUGACACCGAUGCGUUCCUCAUGCAAAGGUUUUCUGGUGAUUUAGGAGGCCGCUGAACCUGAAUUACUUGAUGAAUUUUCUAUUGAUCCUAAACACGCCAGAUUAAUCUCUGACACUGCUACUGGGUGGCGGUGCAGGAGCCGGCCAGCCCACUCUCCCACUCCCCGGUAUUAGCGCAGAAUGAGAAGAAUAAGGGGGAAGAAAGUUGGCAAACAGCCUCUGCACACACCCUGUAUGUACACAGAGGGAGGUGCAGGCGCCAUUAACUCCCCAGAGUACUUUCUUCCGCUACUUAUUUUAUUUUAUUUUAUUUUAUUUUAUUUUAUGCUUGAACUGCUUAGUCAGGCACUUAAAAGAAGAAAAAGCGACAGAAGAUCACUGCGAAGAAUAAGAUGUCGCUCAUUUUUAUUGUUGUAAGAAUAUCAGCGUUUUUUGUUUGUUUUUGUUAGUUUUUUUGUUUUUUUUUUUUUUUGUCCGAGAUUCUUCCUCUUUUACAAGCUCCGGGUCUGGUAAUAAGAGCAGUCCGAUACGCAGAGCCAGCAGGGGAAAUGAUUGAGGCUUAAAGUGAGAGCGUCUAAUCAAAACCUGAGGUCAUAUGAUCUUGCGCGUGCGAGAACGGAGUUUAUGUUUAAUUCCAUUUCCUUAUCCGGGGGUCCGUCCAAGAGGCGUGCAAUUGGCUGCUUUCAGUCACGUGGAAUCCCAACUUUGUUCACUUGACAGAAAAGAAGGAGGGUUUAAGUGAACAGGAAUAACCGAAGACUAAAGGGAUGACAUAUAAAUUUUAGUUAUAUUUCUUUUCAAGCCGGUGCAAUUUAAGAAAAAGACUGAAAUUAAUGACCAUGAGCUCCUAUUUGAUCAACUCCAACUAUGUGGAUCCGAAGUUUCCACCUUGCGAGGAAUACUCACAAAGCGACUAUUUGCCCAGUCACUCCCCGGACUAUUACGGCUCCCAGAGGCAGGACCCUGCCGCUUUCCGGCCAGACUCUGUCUACCACAAUGAGCACAACCCGGCUCAUCACCAACACCGACUCGAGCCGCCGUACACGCCGUGCCAGCGUGCACCUCAACCCGCUUCAGAAGUGACGUCCCCCCAGGGUCACGCUAUUCUCCCCACCGGGCUGCACACCACCCCUGUGUCGGAGCAAAGCCACCGCUGUGACUCGGUAACACCGAGCCCUCCUCCCCCUCCACCCUGCGGUCAAACACAUCGCAGCCAAAGCGUUUCUUCCCCCGCCAGCAGCCGAACGGACCCAGUGGUGUAUCCGUGGAUGAAGAAGGUGCAUGUAAACAUAGUAAAUUCCAGCUACUCUGGUGGAGAACCUAAACGCUCUCGGACGGCCUAUACCCGCCAACAGGUUCUGGAGCUGGAGAAGGAGUUCCACUACAACCGCUAUCUGACACGCAGGCGUAGAGUGGAGAUCGCGCACACUUUGUGUCUGUCAGAGCGGCAGAUAAAGAUCUGGUUCCAGAACCGGAGGAUGAAAUGGAAGAAGGACCACAAGCUGCCCAACACGAAAGUCCGCUCCGGGACUAACAGCAUCUCAAGCUCUCAGACUGUGUCCGCGUCUCAGAACCGCUCUUCCGUACCUCUAUAGCACGGUUCUUUGAGUUGUGGCAAUGUGGUGCCCGUCCGUAUUCUCCCGUUUUCAGAUUGGAAACUGAAGAUGUGGUGAAACAAACCCUCUGGAAUGUGCACUUUGGACCAGAGUAGAAACUUAACGCUUAAAAAGCGGACCAACUCCACUCGUGGCAGACUCCAGGGCCCGGACUGUUCCGUUACAAAUCUAUGACUUUGUGAAUGGGGGUUUUGUGGGAGGACUUGUAAAAUCUAACUUAAAGAAUCCAAAAGGGAGGCAGGAGUUAGAAUUAAAAACACAGAGCUACACAGUUCGUCGAAUAGAUUUCCGUGAAUCCUAACAUCUCUGUACUUUUUCUCCUCUUUAAAUGUACUUCUGCUGUCUAGACAGAGCCACUCACUUACCAUAUUUUACUUAUAGUGUGUGUGUGUGUUUUAAAACAAUUUCCUUUAGCUUUUUUUAUUAUUUUUAGAACAUCCUAGCUUCUAUGUUUAAUCACACCAAACCUGAGAGCCAUUAUUUAUGUCUUCUGUGUGGGGUACAAAGCAAAGGGGUGAACCGCGCGGCUCUGCCCACAACCCCGCCCUCUCAGACCACUACCCCCUUCACACACUUCUAAAAAAUUGAACAGUCGUUUCCUCCAUAGCCCCCACUCCACCUCCACACACACACGCACACACACGCACACACACACACACACACACACACACACACACACACACACACACACACACACACACACACACACUGCAUACUGCAUAAAAAACAGUAGAAAGCAUCAUGUAGCCACGCUCGUACCGCAGCACUCAAACAGAACAUAUACCCGCAGGUCGAACCCAGCAGGCGGUCUGAUUGUUAGCUGUUAUAGUUUGAACUCGGCUUUCCUUUUGUUCUUGAUGGCAGAAUAAAGCUUUUGAACAUGCUAUUAGAGCUAUUUUUGAAGUCAUUAUUGAUUGUAAAGCCGUACUCUGCGUUGACAUUGCUGAGAGUGAAGCGAAAGGUUUAUGUGGUCCACUGACUGCUCAUGUUCGUAUGUCAUAAAGGCUGCAGAGAUAUACAAUUAUUUUCCAGCACUUAUGAAUCGUGGAUGCGGUAAAACGUUUCCCACUGGACAUUAAUAAUCACACCAAAAUCGUACAAAUAGUACAAAACACAGCACUAAAUAAUGUAUUUCUUAUUACCUCACGUGUAAAUAUAUAUGAAUAUAAAUAUGUUUUAUGACAUCCUGUUGUCGCUUGCUCGUUGAUGAAGUGACAGGUUUUCAAGCUUUUACUGACAUGAAGAGGUAUAUUUUUUCUUCCAACAAAAGCUCUAUUCUUUUGUUCUAUGUUGGAAUGAAAUCGUUUGCAAAUGAUAGAGGUUUUAGGAUACAAGGUGUACGGACCAAGAAAAAAAAAAGAUUUCUCUUUCUUUUUUUUCGUCAUUUCAUGUUUUUCUGUACAUUGAAUCAGAGCACGUUCCUUUUUCUGAAGUGUCUGAUUUUUUAUUUAUCCGUUCUGAAUUUGCAAGAUUUUUUUAUGAUAUUGUUUUCGUUAUAUUCCAAGUGCCACAGCCGCAAUGAUAGUAUUUGUUGAACCUGUGUUACCUCCCGGAAAUCUAUAUGUUCCUCAUUUUCCAUAGUGUCAAGUUUGUUUUUUUUUUUUGUUUUUUUUUUUUGUAGAUAGCCCAAAAAUAUAAAUAAAUGACUGAACGUG